AUGGAUGUGCUGUUCGUACAGAUAAUGCAGGGGGUGCAACCUGUCACCCGUGUGUACGUACUAAGCAUGAUCGGAUGCAUCAUAGCACAUAAUAUAGGGUGGAUUGAAUCCACAAAAUAUGACUUCAGCCUGAUAUUCCACCGGCGGCAGUACCACAAGCUUCUGCUCUCGUGUUUUGAUGUAGGGAGCCAGUUCAACGCGAUGGACCUGGCCAUCACGAUGUUCCAGCUUUCCUACGAUGAGCAGAUCAUUGGCAACUCCAAGCGGUUCAUCUGGUUCAUCGCGGUGGUGGCUGUUCUCACCACAAGCUUUGCCUACAUCUGGGACGUGAAGGGGGAGGUGCUGAUGGUGGACAUGAUCAAGUGGAACCUGACGUACUACGCCGCACGGACCAACGUCGCGGCUGCAGGGCAGAUCGGGUUCAUCCGCGUGCCCUCGCUGCUGGCGCUGCUGCGAAUACCGAUCUUUCUGAGGGUCAAUCAGUGCAGCUUUGCGAUGUGUUCGCUGUCGGUGCUGCCGGGCUACGUGCUGUACCUGAUGGCAGACGCCGCAGAGCGGCUAUACCAAAUCGACCUGAUGCGCCCGCCGGAUGAGUGGUUUUAG